CACAUUUAUAAUUUAGUAUUAAUACAAGAAUCAUGGCAAGAAAUCUAUCUAGUAUUAUAACUAUCGAAGACGAUUUUUCUUUGAAAAAAGAAAAACCACAAAGUAAUUUCAAAAUGAUAAACAUAUUAAUUUAUGCAAUAAUAAUAUUAUGUUCAUUAAUGUAUUUCAACAAUUCAUACAAACUGCAAAGGACUAUGCAGGAAGAACUUGAUUUAACUGCUACUAAUAAAGCAGCUAUGUUGGAACUCCCCGAGGAUCAAGAAAAUACAACAGAUUUGUCACAAUCACCUGAAAAUUACAUUGAACGCAUACAAUCGUUGAAUGGAGAUGAACAGGAGAACACUAAGUUAUUUGAUUCCUUAAAGACAGCUCUACGUACUCAGCCUCAUAGCUUUGUUCUGAGAUUUGUCCAAGCUGGUGGUUUAGUUACUCUGUUAGGAGUUUUGUCAUCUAUGAAUUAUGACACUCGACAAGGAGCUAUGCACACAUCAAUUAUUGGCUGUAUCACAGCCCUUAUGAAUGACUCUACUAGAAGAUCUCACGUACUAGCACAUCCAUCAGCUAUUAGUACUAUUGCUCGCAGUUUACUCACUGAAAAUCCCCGUACUAAAGUUGCUGUAUUAGAAAUUCUUGGUGCUUCCUGCUUAGUUCCAGGAGGCCAUAAGAAAGUUCUUGAUGCCAUGACAGACUAUAAAGUGUUUGCUCAUGAACGAGCCAGAUUCCAAGGCAUUAUUAAUGAUUUGGAUAGAAACACUGGCGUCUAUAGAGAUGAUUUGACAGUUAAAACAGCUAUUAUGGCAUUUAUAAAUGCUGUUCUUAGUUAUGGGCCAGGACAAAAAAGUUUAGAAUUCAAAUUGCAUUUAAGAUAUGAAUUUUUACAAUUGGGACUCAAAAACAUUAUAAUCAAGUUAAGAGAACGCCAGAAUCAGACAUUGGACAGACAUAUGGAUUUCUUUGAUAUGGUUCGCAAUGAAGAUGAAAAUGAAUUAGCAAGGAAAUUAGAACAGGAGCAAGUAGAUACUCAAAGCGCUACUUCUAUGUCCGAUUUACUACGCAGAAAAUUGAGUCAUUCUCCAGCCUAUCCUCACUUCCUUUCACUUAAAAAAGAGAAAGCCAAAGAAGAAGAACUUCUUGAAGCAAAAAAUAAAGCUGAAGAACUCGAAAAAGAAAAUACUAGUAUUACUGCAUCGCUUGCUAAAAAAGAACAAGAACUAGACUUGAGAAAUCAAGAAAAAGAAGAUAUGGAAGCUAGUAUUUUAAGGAUUAAAGAACGUUUGGAAAAAGAAAUAUCUAUUGACUUGGAAACUAAACAAAAGAUAUCUGAACUCGAAGAUACUUCAAGUGAAUUACAGCAUAGGAUAGCUUACGAGCAAGGAGAGAUGAGAAAGCUAGAAGCAAUGCUUAAUAAUGGAAGUUUACCAGAUGAUGCUAAAGUUAAUAUUAGCCCUCCACCUCCUAUGCCUAUUCCACCUCCACCACCACCUCAAUUAAUAGUUAAAAGUAAUUGUCCUGCUCCACCCCCAGCUCCACCAUUACAAAUCCCUCCAUUAAAUCUUCCACCUCCACCUGGCUGUCUUCCUCAAUUAGCCGUCAGACAAAGAUCUGUAGAAAUUCCAAAACCAUCUGCUCCAUUGAAAUCCUUCAACUGGGCUAAGUUACCAGAAACCAAAGUGGCUGGAACUGUAUGGGCUGAUAUUGAUGAAGGAAAAAUGUAUUCAUCUAUUGACCUUGAAACAGUUGAUAAACUAUUCUGUGCAUACCAAAAUCAAAAACCAACAAAUGGAACAACAGCUGCUAAUGAAGGAUCAUCUGAAGAUCUGAAGACUGGUAGUAAUAAAUCCAAAGUCUUAUCUGUUAUUGAUGGUCGCAGAGCUCAAAAUUGUACUAUAUUGUUGUCCAAAUUGAAAAUGUCUGAUGAAGAAAUCGUCAGAGUGAUAUUGGAUAUGGAUAAUAAAGACAUUUUACCAUUAGACAUGGUUGAACAACUUUUAAAAUUCACUCCAGGUCCAGAUGAAGCAGCUUUGUUAGAAGAACAUAGUUUUGAUUUAGACAGUCUUGCCAGAGCUGACAGAUUUUUAUACAAAAUUUCCAAAAUUUCACAUUAUGAUCAACGUCUUCGUAGUUUAGUAUACAAAAAGAAAUUUAUUACUUGGACUAGAGAAGUUGAAGGCAGAACAAAAAUUGUUAUGGAGGCUUCACGUGAAGUAGCUCGUUCUAGACGUUUAAGAAAACUAUUAGAAUUAGUAUUAGCACUUGGAAACUACAUGAACAAAGGAGCAAGAGGAAAUGCAUGGGGUUUCCGUUUAUCAUCUCUAAACAGACUUACAGACACUAAGUCAAGUUCUGUUAGGGGUAUAACAUUAUUGCAUUACAUUGUCGAUAUGGCUGAUAAGAAGUUCAAGGACAUUUUAUUAUUGGAAGAAGAAUUACCUCAUGUAAGAGGAGCUUCAAAAGUAAGCUUGGCUGAACUUGAAAAAGACAUGUCACAACUAAGAAAUAAUUUGAAAGAAGUUGAACGAGAAAUUGAGUUCCAAAGAGUACAACCUGCUGUACCAGGUGAUAUGUUCCUACCAGUAAUGAAAGAAUUUUUAACUACUGCUACCUGCAAAUUUUCUGAGUUAGAAGACUUAUUCCAAGAUAUGAAAACUAGAUUUGAUAGAGCAGUCCGAUUGUUUGGGGAAGACAAUUCCACAAUCCAACCAGAUGAUUUCUUUGCAAUUUUUGAUUCUUUCUUAACAGCUCUUUAUGAAGCACGUCAAGAUAACUCUGCUGUUAAAAAGAGACGGGAAGAAGAAGAAAAAAGGACAAGACAAGAAGUGGAGUUAAAGAAAUUAACGCUUGAUCGUAAAAACUGUAAAGACGGUGCUAGUGUUUUGUCUAAUGGGUCUGGUAGUCGUCAAGUUUCUAUAAAUGGUAAAUCUGGUGACAAAGCAGAAUUUGACGAUCUCAUAUCGGCUUUAAGAACAGGAGAUGUUUUUAGUGAAUAUAGUAUGGCAAAGAUUAAACGCAGUAGAAAAUCCAGACAUUCACCUCCAGCUAGGGAACAUAGCAGGGACAGAGUUAAAAAGAGACGGGAAGAAGAAGAAAAAAGGACAAGACAAGAAGUGGAGUUAAAGAAAUUAACGCUUGAUCGUAAAAACUGUAAAGACGGUGCUAGUGUUUUGUCUAAUGGGUCUGGUAGUCGUCAAGUUUCUAUAAAUGGUAAAUCUGGUGACAAAGCAGAAUUUGACGAUCUCAUAUCGGCUUUAAGAACAGGAGAUGUUUUUAGUGAAUAUAGUAUGGCAAAGAUUAAACGCAGUAGAAAAUCCAGACAUUCACCUCCAGCUAGGGAACAUAGCAGGGACAGAGAAAAGGACAUUAAACGUUACUCGAAAAAAAUAAAUUAAUUAAAAUUUAAAUAAUGUUUUUUUUUUUUUUUUGUAUUUAUUGUUUAUUUUAUUAUAUUAAAGAUGACUUACUAGUA